GCAGAGGUUCUAACAGAGAGGAGUGUAGUUUUAACAUGGAAAGAAAAAACUAAUGAUGAUAGGCCCGGUCAGCACGCUAAGCUGUGGAUGCCAGAUGGACUGCGUUUUUCAGUUACAGUAUUAUGGGAACCCCGUUUUGUUGCUACGUUCGCAGAGAAUGAGAAUAUUAAUGAAGCUGAAAGGAUCCAAGGGGUUACGUGGGGCACUGUCUCUUUCAGUGUGUACAAUGGCUAAUAUUUAACAAUUGUAAAAGCAAUGGUGUGUGAAACAUCUAAUGGCCACACAGUCUGGGUGUAAACAGUUUGUGUAACGUAAGAAGUCUAAAAAAUGCUGAGCUCUCAUGACCGGGGAACACAUUAAUUUCAUUUCUUGUGGGUUCAAAGUGAAGAGCUUGAAGUUGUUGCCAUGGCUCUGUUGGGUGAUUUAUGACUCCAGUCUGAGAUAUAAACCUAUCUGAGCUGUGAAAAGGGUUCAUGGCGCUUUGACUGGUGCUGAGGAAGCACCAGAACAGAAAAGGAACUUCAGAUGGAUUUUGUCUGCAGCAGUGGGGACCUGCAGAAAAACUACAGGGAAUAUCAAAACUUUCUCAACUUCAUGUCAACUGUGGGUGACCCCCGUAAUAUUUUCUCUGUUUAUUACCCCCUCUGGUUCCAUCUCAGUUAUAAUGUGGGCACCAAGAUGAUAUGGGUGGCCGUUAUUGGAGACUGGUUCAAUCUAAUUUUGAAAUGGAUCCUGUUUGGUCAGCGACCUUACUGGUGGGCCCAAGAAACUCACUUCUGCCACAACAAUUCAUUCCCACAUUCGGAGGAAUUUCACCUCACAUGUGAAACAGGGCCAGGUAAUCCAUCUGGUCAUGCCAUGGGUUCAUCUUGUGUGUGGUAUGUGAUGAUCACCUCUUCUCUCAACUUUACCAGGCCUUCCUCCAGUGCCACAUCUGUGCAGAGUUUUCAGAGGUUUCGUCUUCUGAGGUCUGCUCUGUGGAUGGCUUUUUGGGUCAUUCAGAUAAGCGUUUGCAUCUCCAGGGUUUUUAUUGCAACACAUUUCCCACAUCAGGUUAUCCUUGGUCUUUUAGCAGGUUUGCUGGUUGCUGAGAUGUUUGAUCACAUCCCCUCAAUCUACAAUGCAAGCUUGAAAGUAUACCUCCAGACCAACGUUUUUUUCUCUAUUGCUGUUUGGUUUUAUCUGCUCCUCAAAUUGACGGACCUUGAUCUUCUGUGGUCAGUUAUUCAAGCCAAGAAGUGGUGCGCUAACCCAGAGUGGAUCCAUCUGGACACCACCCCUCUUGCUGGUCUUGUGAGAAACCUCUGAGCUUUGUUGGGUCUGGGCCUGGCAGUGAACUCUGAGAUGUUCAUUCAGAGCUGUAAGGGGAAGAACGGCUACAAAGCCAGAUUUAAACUCAUGUUUGCGACAGCAACUCUCACAUGUCCGCAGCUCUACGACUUCAUCAAAAUGCCCACUCACAAUGUUCUGCUUUACAUACUGACUAUCCCAUUGUAUGAGUCUACAUGUGAGACAUUUAUAAUAUUAAAC